AUGUCGCGAGCUGCUCAACAAGCUAGGUUAUUGGCCUUGGUGGAUUCGGACUCGGACGAGCUCUCUGGCUUGAGCGCACAGCAGGUCAAGAAGAACGAAGAUUUGAAGGCCAAACCCAUGGCGCCAGCGAAGAAACCCCGCGGAAGACCUACGGCGAACAAGGUCACGAAGCCAGCGCAGAAGGCUACGCGUCGUCCCAAUAAUAAGUUAACGGCCACCGCUGCUGCCGCUGAGGCUGGAGAUGUUGUCGAUAAUUCGAAGGCUUCAAAGAGGGGGCGCAAGGCCAGGCCUAAGGACGACGAUGAUGCCACAGCCGACGCCGAGGAAGAACACGUAGUUCCCUCAACGAAGGCCACCGCGAAGACAUGGGGUCGACCAAAGGCAACAGCUGCCUUGGUGAAAGAAGACGAAAAUGAAGAGGCGCCUGAAUCCAUUGCCCAACCGAUCAAGCGCGGGCGCCGUGCAGGGACCAAAUCGACUCGCAACGAAGACUCUGAAAUCCCAGAAACCCAGCCAGCAGAGGCUAUGGAUAUUGAUACAGAAGAAGAGGAAGAAGAAGACGAAGAGUUUGAGGAUCUGCCUGCGCCAAAACAGUCUAUUCAGCGCGCUGCCCGGAUGGCUAGCAAUGCAGACGCAGACGGCGGAGACCCGCAAAUACGGAGACGACUGGGCGAGGCGAACAGGAAAUACGAAAGCCUGGAGCUGAAGUACCGUGAUUUGCGAGACAUCGGGAUCAAGGCGGCUGAGCGCAACUUUGAUAACUUGAAAAAGGAGAGCGAAGAACGGGCGAACAGCAACUUGAAGGCGGAUCUUGCGGCUCAAAGGGCUUUGGUCAAGGAGGGACAGCAAGAUAGGAAGAAGCUCGAAGGGCUAGAGGCCAAAGUCGCGGAGUUGACAGCGUCUCUCUCUGAAGCGAGGCAAGAGGUGAAGAGUCUGUCAACGAAACUGGCGGCUAGCAGAUCGGCAGAGGCCGCUGCCACGGCGGCCACUGCCAAGGUACCAGGAAGCGCAAUCAAAGGCGGGACCGCAGCGGCUCGGGCUAUCGCUACGGCUAGUUCGGAUGCGGUGCAAACAGCGCAAAUGAAGGAGGACCUCUAUGGUGACCUAACUGGAUUGAUUGUGCGGGUGGUCAAGCGUGACUCGACAGGCCAAGUCUUCGACUGCAUACAGACGGGAAGAAAUGGAACUCUUCACUUCAAGCUCGAGGUCGAGACCGAGAGUUCAGGCGAUAAUUACGAGGAAGCGCAUUUUACGUACAAACCUCAGCUAGAUUCGAACCGCGACCGUGACCUCAUAGACCUGUUGCCUGACUUCCUGGUGGAGGAGAUUGAAUUUUCUCGACCACACGCGGCAAAAUUCUACUCGAGAGUGACGAAGUCAUUGAUGGAGUAG